AUGGCCAAUGGCGUUGUCUUCCAUCACGGAAUUGAACUGUGCUGGUGGUACCUGGCACUCAACACCUCGGUAGACACUGAAAACGACGCCCACCGUGAUGGCUACGAGCUAGAGCUAUAUAUGUGGAAUGAGCAUAUGGAGAUUUCAGAGUACAUGGUUCAGCUUGCUCCGCAUAUUUUCGCGGAUCCCUCUCCUCCCAAUCGCACCCCGAGCUGCUCCUUUGCGCGCGAAUGCCUCCGCCCCGCCCGCGAGUACCGCUGCCCGGGCUGCGGCAAGCGCUACGCCGUCCGGACCAACCUCAAGGGGCACGCCAAGACCUGCGGCACCCGCGAGUACCUCUGCGACUGCGGCACACUGUGA